AUGCCCGCCCUCACAAACACCGCCCGUGCCGUCGCACGCUCAUGGACCGCUCACCAAUUGCCCGUCGCUCGGGCAGCCGGGUGCACCGCCAUGCAGACCCGCAACGCCUCGGCAUCCUCAUUCGACAGCCCCUUCAAGGGCAGCCCGGAGACGACCAAGAUCCCCUCGUUCGCCGCCUACAGGAAUAAGGGAGGCGAGACUGGUCCCAAGGUUUUCCAGUACUUCAUGGUUGGAACUAUGGGUGCGCUGAGUGCGCUUGGCGCGAAGGCGACUGUACAGGACUUCCUCGUCAACAUGUCCGCCUCCGCCGACGUUUUGGCUCAAGCCAAGGUAGAAAUCGACCUCGCUGCCAUUCCCGAGGGCAAGAAUGUGAUUAUCAAGUGGCGAGGCAAGCCUGUCUUCAUCCGACACCGCACCGAGGACGAAAUCAAGGAGGCUGACAACACCAAGUGGGAGAGCCUCCGUGACCCCCAGCCCGACUCGGACCGUGUCCAGAAGCCCGAGUGGUUGAUCAUGUUGGGUGUCUGCACCCAUCUUGGAUGUGUCCCCAUUGGUGAGGCUGGUGACUUUGGAGGCUGGUUCUGCCCCUGCCACGGUUCCCACUACGACAUCUCUGGCCGCAUAAGAAAGGGACCUGCCCCGCUCAACCUGGAAAUCCCCGCCUACGACUUCCCCGAGGAGGGCAAGGUUGUCAUCGGUUAAAGCACACUCGGUUGGUCGUUAAUACAGCAAUUGGGUGAAAGGAUGAGGUGAUGAGAGAGAGGUAGGGAGGGGCCUUGAGGCUUUGUGUCUAUAGGAGCGGUGCAUCAACAAUAUUUCCUCAACGGUUUGGUUUAUAGAUUCGGCUUGUGCCGGCAAUGUAACACCAGUUAGAAUCAUGUUUUGCGAUCCUUUUCUCGUUCAUGUUCACAUCUAUUUCUUCCUUUUUCUUUCUUUCUCAUUGCCCGCUCAAGAACCCCUUCACAGCCUCUACCGCACCCUCAAAAUUCCCUGCCUCAAUCAAUACCAUAUGUCCCUUUGGCCGGACCCCCAACUCCUGAAACGCCCUCUUACUAUCACUCGCCCCCUCAUCCACGGGCGUAUCAUACUCGAAGCUCGUAUAACCCACCGCAUGCUUAUGCAACACCUCAUCCUCUGGGUGGAAGUAAAACGUCUCCUCCCCUCCAUCAGCCUUCUUACUCCGUUUCUUGCUCGGCGCUGUAUCGUGACUGGGUAGCUGCGACGCGAUUUCAGAAUAGCACUUUGAAAGGACGAGGUAGUGGGUGAAGGUGUAAGGCUCCUUUUCCUCAACCGCCCAUUGGAUUUCUUCCAAGAGCAUCGUGUACAUUGGAGGCACGAUUUCGUGCGGCAUGUUUAUGAAGCGCUCGGUCA